AAUUAUUUCCUCAGCAUCCUUUGCUCUGUAUUCGCCGGUAGCUACGUUGUCAGAUCACUCUGGAAAGCCCUUGUUGUCCCAAAGCACCUCCGCCAUAUCCCAAAGGUCAAUUCAUUGCGUUGGUUCUGGAGUAUCAUGAUCGGUGAAAGUCAUGAUGUCCGAAUUAAAAAAUUGAUGCUUCCUUUAAUAGCUGAGCAUGGCCUUUGCUUAAAG